AAGCUUCAAAAAUGCCGCACUGUUCAGCAGUACCCGUCUAACUUCACUGAGAGCAACAGCGGGACUCAGUGUUGUUUUACCCUCUUGCUCUAAUCUCAUCGUAGCCUUGGGCCAAGCUUUGACCCAGACCCUAACCUCUGUGGUAAAUCACAAUAAUACGUGACCAGCAGACUCGUUAGAUAGCUUCGUGAGCGUCUCUCGUUUAAUGGGUUAUUGGCCCGCACAACUCCGGUUCACCGAGACUAACUAACGACCGGGUCACAACAAAUAUAGGAGUGUACAUUCAGUUAUUAUAGUUUUGUAACUUACUUCACAGAAGAUACCGGUCAGCUCAACUUCGCAAAGUAACUAACUCGCUCUCCGGGUCAGAGAGAACUUUCAGUUACUUUGUUGAAGUAACUUUAGUUACUUGAAGAGUCAGCUUAAUUAUGCAGCACAAAGAUGUGUUAUCACAGUUGCAACUGUCGUUAGCAAUUUUGGUUGCAAUAUUUGGCGUGUCAGAAGGGCUGGACAAUGGUUUGGCCCUGAAACCACCCAUGGGAUGGAUGUCAUGGGAGAGAUACAGAUGUAACAUUGACUGUGAAACCUAUCCUGAUGAAUGCAUAAGUGAAAACCUAUUCCGUCGAGCUGCAGACUUGCUAGUUUCGGAGGGUUUCAAGAACGUUGGUUACGAGUAUGUGAUAGUAGACGACUGCUGGUUGGACAAGGAGAGAGAUGUGAAUGGAGACCUCCAGCCUGACCCCAAACGAUUCCCUAGCGGUAUCAAGAGUCUCGCAGACUAUAUCCAUUCGAAAGGCCUGAAAUUUGGCUUGUACGAAGACUACGGCACGAAGACUUGCGAAGGCUACCCUGGUGUAAUCGGUCAUAUGCAGCAAGAUGCUGCUAAAUUCGCUGAAUGGGGAGUAGACUAUGUCAAACUGGAUGGCUGCAAUGCUGAUCCAAAAACAUACGACCAUGGCUACCCUGAAUUCGGAAGGUACUUGAGAGAAACAAAUAGACCAAUGGUUUACUCUUGCAGUUGGCCUGCUUAUCAGGAAGACGAACAAAGGAUGCCAAACUACACAGCCAUUGCAGAGCAUUGCAACUUAUGGAGAAACUAUGGAGACAUCCAGGACUCUUACUAUAGCUUGGUGAAUAUCAUGGACCAUUUUGGAGACAACCAACAUAUCUAUAUUCCUAGUGCUGGUCCCGGCCAUUGGAAUGAUCCUGAUAUGUUGAUAAUCGGCAACUUCGCCCUGAGCUACGAGCAGAGCAAACUGCAGAUGGCGAUUUGGGCGAUCCUUGCGGCUCCUCUCAUAAUGUCCAACAACCUCGAAUACCUGGCGCCCGACAUGAAGGCAGUGCUACAGAACAGAGAUGUCAUUGCCGUCAACCAGGAUGAACUAGGCAUUCAGGGCAGGCGACUGUUCAGGAAACAAAAUAUCCAGAUUUGGUCACGUCCAGUCAUGCCUAUGAAUCAGAACUACUACUCCUAUGCCAUUGCAUUUGUCAGCCGGAGGUCUGAUGGUAUUCCUUUCCCUAUCAAUUGCACCUUGUCAGAUCUUGGACUCUACAAUCCUGGAGGAUAUAUGAUCAGGGAUCUGUACAAUGACCAAGCCAAAGAGUACAGAGUUGUUGGAAGUGACGUUAUCAAAGUCAGAGUUGUGCCAACUGGUGUAGCUUUUCUGAAAGCAACAGUUAUAUCGUGAUUUGACAGUGGAUUAUAUUAGGUUAAUACUAGAGGGUAAGCGAAUAUUUAUGAUCAAGUAACAACGAUACAAAUAAAUAUUAUUGUUAAUAAUAACAUGGAGUACAAUGAACAAUUGAAAAUAAUAUGUAAUGAAAAUAUGAAGGAAUAUUAAAGUCUUUAUCAGUUUGAGAAAGAGAAGAUAUUUAUAGAGAAAAAUGACUAGCUUAUUUGCUAAUCUUUUACUGCUGAUGGAUGAAAAAUCAUUAUUAUUAUCUUCAAAUAAACUUAUUAAAUUUAUUCCGAUUCAAUAUCAUCUGUCCAUAUUUAUCAAGAGGCAGAAGUUGAAUAAACUAUCGAACAAUAAGCAAAUGACCCAAUGAAAAUAAAGCAUAUUAUAUGAUAGAGCAAUUUCAAAGCUAUAAGAAAUAACUGUAUCUAUUGGACUCUCAAUUGAUAAAACAUUUGUGAUGAAAACAUAUUAUUAAUUUUCAAAAUAGCGUCAUGAUUAUACUUUAUUGUGAUUUAACUAUUACGGUACGCUAUUCAUUGUGACUUUAUUAGGUAGUUCUGAGAAGUAGGAUAUUUUUAAUAUAUAAGUUGAGGAUGCUAGUAUGUAAAAAGGUAACAAGUACAUUGUGGAAAAAUAUAUAUGUAUUUCGUCCUACUAUUUAAGACAGUUAGUAUAAUAUUAUUUAAUGUAAUUUUGAUGAUCGAUAUGCAAGUUAUGUUCAAUAAGUCCUGUUUGUUAUCAUAUUUCAAUGUGAAAUCAGUAUCGUUUUCUGCAUUGAGAUUAUUGAGACGUGUAAUACUGUAGAUUGAAGCUACUAAGAUUUUUUAGUUUAUUAAGGCUUGUGUAAUUACUGAAAAUUACUGUUUGUAUUCGAAAUAUUCAAACUUCUCUAUUUAGAAAAGUCAAGUUUCAUUAUAUUAAUUCAAUUUUGGAAAAGUCUAUUCCUGUUUAAUAGUAAUAAUAAUUAUUAUUAACGAUGUAUCAAUACAAAUAUGAAAUUAUCUUAUAUAUAAUUGUAUAAACACAACAUUGUUUCUUGAGGAAGUUGUAAAUGUUCAUAAAGAGUAAAAACAGAAAUUGCAAAU